GAAGGAGAAAGGAAGGAAGGAGGUGGGAAGGAAGGAAGGAAAGAAGGAAGAAGGAGAGAAGAAAGGAGGGAGGGAAGGAGGAAAAGAAGGAGGAAGGAGAGAAGGAGGUGAGGAAGAACUCAGGAAGGAAAGAAAAAAGGGAAGGAAGGAAGGAAGGAGAAAUGGAAAGAAGGAAGAGAGGGAGGAAUAACAAAAGGAAAAGAAAGCAAGGAAGGAAGGAAGGAAGAAAACGAAGGAAGAAAAGAAGGAAGAAAAGAAGGAAGGAAGGAAGGAAGGAAGGAAGGAAGGAAGGAAGGAAGGAAGGAAGGAAGGAAGGAAGGAAGGAAGGAAGGAGGAAAGGUAAAGAAGAGAGAAACAAAUAGAAGCCUUCUGUUUGGGUAACUAAAUUAAGAGACGCAAUUUACGUAAGGUUACGUAAAGAGCUUGGGAUUUGAACCUAAUUCUUUUCCCUUAUACUGUGUGUGAUCACAGUUCGCUAAACACAAUAUGUACAUCACGGCACACAGAUAGUUGAAGAAAAAAGAAUGACCAGUGAGGCUAUUUUUAUGAAAUGGGCCCCACAAUAGAUUCUCCUUUACUGGAAAAAUCCCCGUUGAUGAUUCGAGACUUUCACAAAGUAUUAUACAACCUGUUGUAUCCCCACCCUCUGGUGCUAGGACAGAGUAUGCACAAGUAACUUCACCGGAGAACGCCUCCGCGUCCAAGACCAAGCACAUCCCCUCCCUCUAUCCCACACCCCCGUCCCCUUCUUUCCAGGCUCGCGCAUUACCACUCCCUCCCACCCCCUGCCCUAGGUUCUCUUCGUCCUCUUUCUCUGCACGGGAGAAAACCCGGACAACUGGAAUUCCCACGCACGAAAAUGUUCUCAGGCUUCCCACGUCUCUUGCGCGGAGGUCCAAAUCCCGUGAUUUCAGUGCAGCUUUUUAUUGCUAAGAAUGAAGAUUCUGCCUCCAUGGAGGCGACUCGAGUACAGGGCGCAGAGGGAUGCACCGCAGUUAGACUGUCAGCGCCCCGCACUCUCAGGAGUGAGCUCACGUGGGGCGGACGCUAGCCAGAUGCCCGCCCAAGCUCCACCCCCAGGCCCGGUAUAAGAGCUUGGUGGCGGCCCUUGUCUGGAUGACAGCCUCAGCUGCUGGGAGCCUCUCUUGAGGCCCCCCAACAGCCAUCCGGAGCCUUCUGCCCUUCUCCUCUAGCCAUAAGGCUAUAGCUUUCCAACUUCAGCUACAGUGAUAGCUAAGUUUGGAAAGAAAAAAAAAAGAGAAAUCCCGGAUUGUCCCCAAUUCCUUUUUUAAAAAUUAUUUUUUAAAAAAAGUUUUUUAGAAAAUUUGUUUUGCUUCCUUGCUUUUUUUUUUCUUUGAUGGUGCUGUCUCCAGUUAUUUGCACUCCACUUAACGACAAAAACUUCAAAACAUCAUUAGCAGCAGCAACAGCAGAGGACAAAGAAAAGUCAAUAAGAAACGCCUGUUGUCAUGACCGACAAAAAUGACCAAAACACUCGUGGAGGAUGCUGUGGAUCCUUUACAAACUACAUUACUUCUGCAAAAUGUCUACUCUACUUUGGUCAUGCUCUAUCCACCUGGGGAGAUCGGAUGUGGCAUUUUGCAGUAUCUUUGUUUCUGGUUGAGCUCUAUGGAAACAGCCUGCUCUUAACUGCUGUCUACGGACUGGUGGUGGCAGGCUCUGUUCUGAUCCUGGGAGCCAUCAUUGGAGAUUGGGUAGAUAAGAAUCCCAGGCUUAAGGUGGCCCAGACUUCUUUGAUUGUACAGAAUGUUUCAGUCAUCAUAUGUGGUUUCAUCCUAAUGAUGGUUUUCUUACAUAAAACUGAUCUUCUGACCCUAUACAAUGGAUGGGUUCUUACUUCUUGUUAUAUCCUGAUCAUCACUAUUGCAAAUAUUGCAAAUUUAGCUAGCACUGCAACUGGGAUCACGAUUCAGAGAGACUGGAUUGUUGUUGUUGCAGGGGAUGACAGAAGCAAAUUAGCAGAUAUGAAUGCUACAAUCCGGAGAAUUGAUCAGUUAACUAAUAUUCUGGCUCCCAUGGCUGUCGGUCAGAUAAUGACAUUUGGCUCUCCAGUGAUUGGCUGUGGAUUCAUUUCUGGAUGGAAUUUGGUGUCUAUGUGUGUGGAGUACUUCUUACUCUGGAAAGUUUAUCAAAAAACUCCAGCUCUGGCUUUGAAAGCUUCUCCAAAAGCAGAUGAAACAGAACUGAAACAGCUGAAUUUACAUAAAGAUAUUGAGUCAAAUGCCCAGGAAGGAUCCCAUCUAAUGGGUGAAAAAGAUCCUAAGAAGUAUGAGUUUGAGAAUGAAAAAGAACCUGGCUGUGCUUCCCAGAUAGCAGAACCUUUCCAUACUUUCCGUGAGGGAUGGAUCUCAUACUACAAUCAACCAGUAUUUCUUGCUGGCAUGGGUCUUUCUUUUCUUUAUAUGACUGUACUGGGCUUUGACUGUAUUACUACUGGCUAUGCCUAUACUCAGGGUCUGAGUGGCUCAGUGCUCAGUCUUCUCAUGGCAGCCUCAGCCAUCACUGGUAUUAUGGGAACGGUGGCUUUCACCAGACUACGAGAAAAAUGUGGCCUGGUUCGAACAGGUGUGAUCUCUGGAAUAACCCAGAUGGCCUGUUUGACCCUCUGUGUGGUCUCUGUUUUCAUGCCUGGAAGUCCUUUGGACUUAUCUGUUUCUCCCUUUGAAGAUAUCCGUAAUAGAUUAAUACCAAGUAAGGAAUACUCCCCAGUAGCAUCUACAGAAGAACCUGAAACUUUCUUCACAACUGGAAUGUACAAUUUACUAAAUGAGUCUUAUCCUACUAAGAUAUAUACAGAGAUGAGUCCAAAGCCUGUAUCUUUAAUCUCUGUCAGUCUACUGUUUGCUGGAGUCAUUGCUGCUAGAAUUGGUCUUUGGGCCUUUGAUUUGACUGUGACACAGUUACUGCAAGAAAACGUAAUAGAGUCGGAACGAGGCAUUAUCAAUGGUGUACAGAACUCUAUGAAUUAUCUUCUAGAUCUUGUGCAUUUCAUCAUGGUCAUCUUGGCACCCAAUCCUGAAGCUUUUGGUUUACUUGUGUUAAUUUCAGUCGCUUUUGUGGUAACAGGCCACAUGAUGUAUUUUCGAUUUGCUCAGAAAACUCUUGGAAAUCAGCUCUUUCUUUGUUGUCCUGAUAGAAAAACAGUCUCCAAUGAAGCAGAAAGUAAUGUGUCUGUUGUGUAACACAGUUAGGCAAUUGUUGCUAUCUCUGUUACUGAAUUGUAGCACCAGUCCUUACUUUUAGGGCACCCAUAAAUGGUCAAGAUGUUUCUUUUGAAUUUAUGACAGUUAUGCCUUAAGGCAUGAGCUUCAAAGAAACUAAAAGUUUGCAAAUAGUAGUUAAGGAGAGUCCCCUUAGUAUCUAGGGAUUUAAACAACUAGGAAAAAUAUUCCAUCAAGUAAAAUAUGAGGGAUAUUUGGUAAUGCUGAAGCUCCACUUUUGCCCUAAGGGUACAGAGAAUCUAGCAUAGAAAUGCAAUGUUUUUGCUUUAAUAUAGCUGCUUUUUAAUAGAUGUCCAUUGUUAGGUAAACAAUCAGGUAGAUUGCUUCAGAAUUCAGAUGCAUUGUUUGCUCCUGAAAUGGUAGUUGUACUCUUUUUUUUUUUUUUUCUGAGUAAGGCUAGCCUUAUGUUCCUCAUAUCUUAUCCCCAUCAUUUAGGUGUAGUUAUUAAAAUAAUUUCUCCUCCAGCCAUGAAAAUUAGAAUUUGUUAACCUGGUCUCAGUAUUAUCCUAUUGAUGGUUGAGAGUUUGAGAGAGAUGUGAAAAGUUUUGAUACUCAUAUAGUACUUAUUUGCCAUGGAUAUUUUAGUUGAACUUGGGAGAAGACAUUUAUUUUUAUUAUUACCACAUGGUAUAGACUAGAGCAAAAUAUAUUACACAUGUAGCACUUCAUAUAACAGAUUAACAUAAGCUGCAGAUGUAGUUAUAAUAUAGCAUUAUAACCAUCUUAACAUAAAGAUGCAAGGCAUGCUGAAAGUAGUCUUCAUAUGGCAAUAACUGGAUUAUAUAAACUAGAAGCUAGAAAUGAACACGAAAGGGGCAUAUUUGAAUUUUACUCCUGCCACUGAAUUAAAUCACCUCUAUAAUUUUGGUGAGUUUUAAACUUGGUGAGAUCUAUAUAAAGUAUGAAGAGUAAACUGGAAAAGUUUUUGUUUUAUAAACCAUCAGACUUACUUUUAAGCAGCUUUUAGUAAAAUAAUUCUAUCUGUCCUUUUUUUUUUUUGUAGCCAGAAAUUAUUUUAAAAUAGUUGCUUAGCAAGGAUGGGUUCAUAAAUAUUUUUCAUUGAAAUAUCUUUAGAAAAAUGUAAAGGACUUUUGAAUUUUGCUUUCUGAGGUUUACCAGUCAUCAUUGAAUAUGCCAGCACCAAGUUGGUACUUUGGCAUUAGCCAUUGAUGCACUUUCAUGGAGACUGCAAUAUGUUGCUAUGAGCACUUUCUUCUUUGUGUGUAUGUGUAUGUGUGUUAAUGUUUAAGCUUUUCCUUCUUCUUUUUUCAUUUUCCUACAAUAUGACCAUGUGAUUUACUUUGUUGUAAAAAGAAUCUUUGUAAUAAAUAUUUCUAUAUAAAAA